AUGAUGCGGACCAGAGACCCGCGGGUCCGCCAGACGAUCAAUCAGAUCUCCCACAAUCUCGAAACCGCCAAUGAAACUGCCCAGGAGGGCCUCUAUACCUUCUCUCACAAUUACAUUGUUCCCUGCUUCGUGACUGUCGGAAACUGCAUCUCCGCAUGCGCCGCGCCAUGCCUACCGAGCCGCGAGGACCACCUCCGACGCCGCCGACGGGGGCGCGCCGAAUCCGUCUUCGACUUCUACGACGACUGGGACAACGAAGACCCCAACGACAGCCUCAUGGGUUGGGGCACCGAUGAGCUCGAUCGCCUGCUGGCCGGCAGCGGGCUGACGCGCGGCAGCUCCGAGCAGCCUCGCCGACCGCGAAAGAUGAGCUACGGGGCUCGGCGCACGCGGCGGAAGAGCGGCCUGAUGGUGCCCGCCGGCGAACGGAAUGAUCCAACCGUCAUCCCAAGUUCCUCCUUCCUGGGAUUCCUCGAGCGGUUCCCCUGGCGAUUCGGUGCGAGGGGAUUGAAAUACCGACCAUCAGCCGCCGACCUCCAGGAACACCCGCAGGGCUUGCGCCGCCAUGCAUACGAGGAGGAGCCCCUGAUGGAGGCGUCCGAGGAAAUCGAAGGCCCUAGCUCGAGGGCUGGACGGAACGGAGGACGAUAUCGGAGCUCCACCCAGUCGUCGCGCGAAACGGUCAAUUCGUUGAGCUCGCGCGGCGACCUGAUCCCCAGCGACGAGGAGGAGGAUGCCGUGCCGCUAGACGACGAGUUCGCUAUGGCACUGCAGAGUCGGCGCGGGACUGGGUUAGAGUCUGAUGAUCAACUUGGUGAUAAACCUGCUAGCAUGCGAUCGACGUCUGGGACGUUCAGCCUCGCGUCUAAGGAUUCCAAGGUGAAUAAGAAGAAGAAACGAAGCAGCCGGCUCCGAGCCUCUCACGGAUCCGCCGAUGUCGCAGAAGAUACGCCGGUCUCGAUAGCCGAUCUGCAGAAAGAGGAGGAACGAGCUGCGUUUGAAGAAGAAUCGGAGAUUCUACGGAAACGCCUCGCUGCGCAGCAGUUGGCUUCUACUCGCGGGUUCGAGCAUGGAAAGGAACAGUCCACCUCCCGACAUCCACCACAGUCCCCGGCCGUCUCGUCCCACGUUCCCCAUGAUUCAUCUCUCAACACUCCUGUAGACUCGACAGGAGAGAAUAUUCUCUCCGUCAACACUGGAACACCUCAAACUAUCGAGCACUCAGAAACAGAACCCUUCCCGCCUCUCCCGCAAACUCCCUCCUCGACAACAGAAAGUCACCCUUCAACAUACUCUCUGGAGGAAUAUUUACACCACGAUGAUUCCACGGAAAACCGUGAAGAAUAA